AUCUCUCGGCGAGAAAAGAGCUAAAAAGGAAAACUCAGACCAGACUUGAUAGUUGACAAAGACACGUUUUACGAACGGAAAAUUUUCCCGAUUGCAUCUACCCGUUUUCCUAGAUCUGAAACAGUCAAACUUAGUUCAGUUUCCAAGUAACAAUUGCGAUUCCAUUAUCAAUUUCAUCGGUCCGUGAUAUUUGGAAAAACAAGGAAAGAAAAAAAAUCCUUGAGAUGUUCCGAUUUGAGCAGGAGAAGACACGAAAACGAGUUUGAGUUUGAAUACUGGGGGAAAAUUCAAUUGGAGAGACUUCGAAGGGGUGGGGUUUACUAUGACCGACGCGUUCUCUAUGAUUCCCGCCUCUGUGCUGCGCAAUCUCUCCGACAAGCUUUAUGAGAAGCGCAAAAAUGCCGCUCUUGAGGUUGAGGGAAUUGUGAAGCAGCUUGCAGUGGCUGGAGAUCACGACAGGAUUACGGCGGUGAUCAAUCUGUUGAUCACGGAAUUUACAGUUUCGCAGCAAGCGAAUCACCGGAAGGGGGGAUUGAUAGGCUUAGCUGCUGCAACAGUUGGGCUGACUAGUGAAGCGGCUCAACAUCUUGAGCAAAUUGUGUUGCCUGUGCUUAAUUCUUUUUCUGACCAAGAUAGCAGAGUUCGGUAUUACGCUUGCGAAGCACUGUAUAAUAUUGCAAAGGUUGUAAGAGAGGACUUCAUCAUAUUCUUUAAUCAGAUUUUUGAUGCGUUGUGUAAGCUUUCAGCAGACUCAGAUGCAAAUGUACAGAGUGCUGCUCAUCUUUUGGAUCGGCUUGUGAAGGACAUUGUUACUGUAAGUGAUCAAUUCAGCAUUGAAGAAUUUAUACCGUUGUUGAGGGAAAGAAUGAAUGUCCUAAAUCCCUAUGUCCGGCAGUUUUUAGUAGGAUGGAUCACUGUAUUGGACAGUGUUCCAGAGUUUGACAUGCUGGGUUUCCUUCCUGAUUUUCUCGAUGGUCUGUUUAACAUGUUAAGUGAUUCUAGCCAUGAAAUAAGACAACAAGCUGAUUCAGCUCUUUCGGAAUUUCUACAAGAGAUCAAGAACUCCCCAUCUGUAGAUUACGGUCGCAUGGCUAAAAUACUGGUGCAGAGGGCAGCUUCACAAGAUGAAUUUACUCGGUUAACAGCUAUUACAUGGAUAAACGAGUUUGUAAAACUUGGUGGGGACCAGCUUGUUCCUUAUGAUGCUGAUAUUCUUGGAGCUAUUUUGCCCUGCAUAUCUGAUGAAGAGGAGAAAAUUAGAGUGGUUGCUCGUGAAACCAAUGAAGAGCUUCGUUCAAUCAAGGCUGAUCCAGCUGAAGGAUUUGAAGUAGGAGCAAUCCUCACUAUUGCAAGGAGGCAAUUGUCUAGUGAAUGGGAGGCUACUCGAAUUGAAGCAUUGCACUGGAUUUCAACUCUUUUAGAGAGACAUCGCAUGGAGGUCUUAAGCUCCCUUGUUGACAUAUUUGACACCCUUCUGAAAGCACUGUCAGAUCCUUCUGAUGAGGUUGUGCUCCUUGUUCUUGAGGUUCAUGCCUGCAUAGCAGAAGAUCCUCCACAUUUCCGCCAACUUGUUGUUUUCCUUGUUCAUAAUUUCCGGAUGGAUAUUUCUCUUCUGGUGAAGCGUGGUGCUCUAAUAAUCCGCCGGCUUUGUGUACUUUUAGAUCCUGAAAGGGUCUACCGUGAACUUUCAACAAUACUAGAAGGAGAAUCUGACCUGGAUUUUGCAUCUAUUUUGGUUCAGACUUUGAACUUAAUUUUACUUACAUCGUCCGAAUUGUCUGAGGUCCGGGAUCUUUUGAAAAAUUCACUGGUGAGUCCGGCCGGGAAGGACUUGUUUGUUUCUUUGUAUGCUUCAUGGUGUCAUUCGCCCAUGGCAAUUAUAAGUCUUUGCUUAUUAGCACAGACGUACCAGCAUGCAAAUGCUGUGAUUCAGUCCCUGGUGGAGGAAGAUAUCAAUGUCAAGUUUUUGGUCCAGCUGGAUAAAUUGAUUCGCUUGCUGGAAACUCCAAUCUUUGCUUAUCUUAGACUGCAGCUUCUUGAACCUGGAAGAUAUAUAUGGUUGUUAAAAGCCUUGUACGGCCUUUUGAUGUUGCUUCCCCAGCAAAGUGCGGCAUUUAAGAUACUGCGAACCCGUUUAAAAACCGUGCCUUCAUAUUCCUUUAAUGGUGAGCAAGUUAGGCGAACAUCAUCAGGGAACCCCUAUCAAAUUAUACAUCACGUGCCAAGCGGAUCGCAAAUCUCUGAGAAUGGAGAUGGGAUCCAGGAUGGUGCAAAUUCACAUAAUGGAAUUAACUUUGCUUCAAUGCUACAACAGUUUGAGCAAAUGCAGCGGCAGCAUCAUAUGCACACAAAAGUGCAGGCACUAUCACGCAACAAUUCUACCACUUCAUUAUCCGUUGAGCUUCUCUGUGAUAUUCUCAGCACCAAUGAGCUUGAUAAACAUCUGAAUGAGAAUUUUUUAGGUGACAGUGAUUCAGGAGGUGCAAAGACCUGAAGAACCUCCAGACCCUGCUUCAUGGAACAUGAGUGGGCCUCUGUCAAGAUCAAGGAGAGGGUGAGGGCAAUUACCACUAUGAUUUUGCUGCUUCCUGCCUCUAAUAAAGGUGUACACUCGUCUCGGCAUGUGCCAUGGCGAAGAUCUGGUAUAAUUUGCAAAAUUGUAUAUCGUAGUUAUUUGUUUUGUUGUCAUGGAAAUUGGGACGAUGAACAGGGUUUCAAUGUAAGAUAAGCUAAGCUAUUCUUUUUUACACUUUGUAGACAAGAUAUACCCAUGUGGUUCUGUUGUAUUUUUUUAAUCAUAAACCACGUGGGCUAGAGGGAAACAUUGUUUGAAGAUGCAGCUUGUUUCAUUAUGUGCAUCUAUUACAGAAACCUUAUAAAAAAUAAGAAGUCAUCUAAUUUAUGUGCACAAAUUCGAAGAUA